AUGAAGCAGAAGGAUCAGAACAAGGGUGGGAGAGCCACUACUGGUCGACGAGAGCCUCGGCUUCAGUGCAAGUUAUGUGGCAAGCAAGUGUCGAGCAUGGGGUAAGACCUGGAUGUCCUGUGAGGGAAGGAAUCAUUUUGCUGCUGUUUGCUGACAAUCUAGACAAUCCAAACAACAAGUGCGAACAGUUCGAAAGUCCGAGACGAGUGAGAGCGAUGCCGAUGAUAACUAUUUACUGACAGUUACUUCUCCAGAAACUGUGGCAGCAGUGCAAUCAAAUAGCAAGAAAUACCCAAGUAAGAUCUUCGAAACACUUAUCGUUAAUAAGACUCCUGUGAAAUAUCAGUUGGACUGCGGAGCAACGGUGAACAUAAUUCCGGAGGAUAUUUACCAACUGAUCUUUGAGGACCCUCAACACAAACUACUGGAAAAAUGUAACACACAGCUGAUUAUGUUUAACAAGUCAGUGAUGACAGCGGUCGGAAAACUAUGCAUUGCCACCCUGAAACCAAAGAACCAACUCAGUGAAGAAAGUUACGAGUUGGAAUAUUUGAUUGUGGAAUCAGGCAGACCAUAUGAAAUAUCAACAAAAGAAAUAUUUAAGGAAUUAAAUUGGCAACCUUUAGCCGAUCGAUGAGAGAAAAAGUAGCUAGUGUUUAUGUAUAAAGUGAAUAAUAGUGAGCUACCAGAAGGUAUGAACCAAUUGUUCGAAAUCGCUAAUAAUCAAAACACAAUUUACGCAGCAAAGGUAAUGAUUUUCUUUUACAAAAACCAGAAACAAAUUGCAUGAAAAAAAGUGCUAGUUAUAAUGGAGCAAUAGCGUGGAACAAUUUGUCAAAUAAUGUAAAAGCAACAAAUAUGUCAAUUGGCCAAUUUAAGGCUGCUCUCGACUGCAAAUAAUACGUGAUUCUCUUCUGUAAAUAUUUUUCUAUAUUUGAUAAAUUUCCUGCAUGUUAAUUAAGUUACUUUGUUGUUAUUCUGUAAAUAUCUUUCUAUUUGACAACAUUUCCUGCAUGUCAAAUCCUAAUUACUUUGUUGUGAUUUUAUAAAUAAUGUAUAUUUUUAAUUUAAUAUUUUGUAAAUAUUUUAAACGGCCCUUUGAAAACAACUACCUAGGUGUGUUGAAGGGUUACCGUUUUUAAAUAAGAGUUAAUAAUAAUAAUAAAAUAAUAAUUUACACCCCUGCUUGGUGUCUGUACCAUCCAGCAACUCGAUCUCAUGAUGGUCAACACUGACAAUGUGCUUUCUAUGAGUGUACCACAGGCGUGGACCAAACCUACCUUAACAAGGGCUGACAUUCUUUCGCAGUACAACGAUGUCUUCACAGGGUAAGGAAAAUUUGUGGAAGAACUCCACCUAGAAGUGGACGAAGCGGUUCAUUCAGUGCAAAUUCCAACUAGGAAAGUUCCCCUCGCAAUGAAAAGCCCAAUUAAACAAGAGCUAGAUCGUCUCGAAGGUCUGGAUAUCAUAAAACCUGUUUCUGUACUUACUAACUGGGUCUCUUCAAUGGUGGCAGCCACCAAGCGCAAUGGAACAAUCAGGCUAUGUUUGGAUCCAAAGCCGUUAAACAAAGCAUUGAAGAGGAAUCUCUACCCGCUUCCGACAAUGGAUGAUCUCCUCCCUGACCUCGCGACUGCUAAAGUGUUUAGUGUCGUGGAUGCCAAGAAUGUUUCUUGGCAUGUGCCCUUGGAUGAGGCCAGUAGUUAUCUUACAGCCUUCUCCACACCUUGGAGUCGCUAUCGCUGGACGCGCAUGCCAUUUGUUAUCUCACCAGCCCCAGAAGAAUUCCAGCGAAGAAUGGAAAAUGACCUGCAGGGAUUGCCUGGAGUGACAUCCUGGUGUAUGGAUCGGGUGCUACGCUAG